AUGCUCCGUUUCUUGUUGCUGUUGCUGUUCCCGCUCAUCACCAGUACAAAACCCACUGAAAUCGACGUGAAUGGCGUUGCAAUCGACGAUUACCUAGCAGCGAACGGCAGUCUCGACGCUGUCGAGGUCUUGAUCCAAGAAGAGGCUCAGGUGGUCAACACGUUGGUUGAGCUAGACAAGCAACUCGAUGAAGCUCUGGAUCAUUUAUCCAGCGGUAGUGGAGCUCUCGAGGUCGACAUCGUUAUUGGGCAACUGGAUGGUACCAAAAGUGGCUCGAAGCUUUGGAUCGCUGAUGAGAUCAUUGUGGAGAUCCCGAAUACUAGACUUUCAGAGGAGAAAAAAGACGAAAUCAAGGAGCAAAUCGAGAGCAACGUGGCUGAUACGUUGGAUGCAAUGGUUAUCGACGAGAUGGCGCCUCCGAAGAUGGAGAAAGGUAUUGGAGACAAGGUCGAAAGGUUGUUCGAAGAGGAAGCAGAGGUGGAGAAGGAGCUGGAAGAAAUGAAACUGGAGCUGGACAAGGCGCUAGACGAGCUGCCGAAUGAAGGAUCAUUGGCAGAAAUUGACAUCGUGGUGAGUUUGAUCGACGGUGAGGAUGAGAUCGUGGAGGAUGAGAUCAUUGCAAUAAUCCCAGCGUCAACAGGUAGUGGGCCAAUACUUUCAGAAGAGAAGAAGGAGCAAUUGGAAGAGGAAAUCGUCAUGGAAGCUGCAGCUGCGAUGGGAGCGAUCAUCUUGGACGACUUUAUAGACGACCAAGUGCCUGAAAAUGCAGAGUCACAGCCACCAGACGCUCCUUUGCUUGAACGAGAAUCUGCUCGUGAGAAAUCUGCUCAAGCCGCAUGGGGUGCCAAGGCUGCUCUUCGUGGAGCGGCUACAACCACAACCCACACAGGCUUCGAGCAUCCGAUGUUCGUGCCUCAUCACUGGCAAACGAACGACGAUCAGCUGUGGACUAUGAAGCUGUCUAUGCUCACGUCAAUGUCGUGUUUGACACUGCUGCUCAUCGUUGGCGUGUGGACGGGAGUUCGUCGCUCGCGCCGCCCCGCCGUCCUGGACGACAGCCACUUCCGCUGGGCCGAGGCCGUCGAGUACAUGGAUGCCUUCCCGUACGACCAAUAA